AUGUCCAAGGCUUUUAUCGGAAAACCCGCCCCUGAAUUCGCCACCCAGGCUGUUGUUGACGGAGACUUCGUCGAUGUCAAGCUCUCCAGCUACAAGGGAAAAUGGGUUGUCCUCUUCUUCUAUCCCCUCGACUUCACCUUUGUCUGCCCAACUGAAAUCAUCGCUUUCUCCGAGAGAGCUGAGGAAUUCAAGAAGCUUAAUGUACAGCUCCUUGCUUGCUCUACUGACUCUGUUUUCUCUCACCUUGCUUGGAUCAACCAGCCACGCAAGCACGGAGGACUCGGAGAGAUGAACAUCCCAGUUCUUGCUGAUACUAACCACGCUAUCUCCAAGGCUUACGGAGUCUUGAAGGAGGAUGAUGGAAUCGCCUUCAGAGGACUCUUCAUCAUUGAUCCCCAUGGAAAUCUCCGCCAGAUCACCAUCAACGAUCUCCCAGUUGGACGUUCCGUUGAUGAGACCCUUCGCCUUAUCCAAGCUUUCCAAUUCGUUGAGGAGCACGGAGAAGUCUGCCCAGCCGGAUGGACCCCAGGAAAAGACACCAUCAAGCCUGACCCAAAGAACGCCAAGGAAUUCUUCAACAAGCAGUAA